AGCUGCUGCGCUUGCGCCGGGCGGGCCCCGCCCCCACUGCGUUGCGUGGACUGCGGGGCGGGCCACGUUCCAGGGUCGGCUUUCUAGUUCCCCCAGCCCUUGCCGCCGCGGGGCGCCAUGGGAUAGCGGCAGGGCAGCCGGAUCUCGGCCCUUUCCCAAACGUGCCUGAUGCCUCAUUUGCCUCUGGCCUCUUUUCGACCAUCACUUUGGGUGCUGAGGCCCUCACCAGGCCUCCUCAGAUCCCAUCCCCUUUCUACACAGUCAGAGCCCCAUGGAUCUCCCAUCUCUCAGAGGAACCGUGAAGCCAAACAGAAGCGCCUGCGAGAAAAACAGGCGGCGCUGGAGGCUGGGCUUGCCAGGAAGAGCAAGUCACCUGCAGAAUCCAGGAAGACCUGGAGUCCUAAGGAGGUAGUAUUGUAUGAAAUUCCUACAGAACCUGGUGAAAAGAAAGAUGUCUCUGGACCCCUGCCUCCUGCAUACAGCCCCCGGUAUGUUGAGGCUGCCUGGUACCCGUGGUGGGUGCGAGAGGGCUUCUUCAAGCCAGAAUAUCAGGCCCAGCUGCCCCAGGCCACAGGGGAGACCUUUUCCAUGUGUAUCCCACCUCCUAAUGUUACUGGCUCUCUGCACAUUGGUCAUGCACUCACGGUAGCCAUACAGGAUGCCCUUGUGCGCUGGCACCGGAUGCGUGGGGAUCAAGUGUUGUGGGUCCCGGGCUCCGAUCAUGCAGGAAUAGCUACACAAGCUGUGGUGGAGAAACAAUUAUGGAAGGAGCGGGGAGUCAGGAGGCAUGAGCUGAGCCGGAAGGACUUCCUUAGGGAGGUGUGGCAGUGGAAGGAAGUGAAAGGUGGAGAGAUCUAUGAGCAGCUGCGAGCUCUGGGUGCCUCACUGGACUGGGAUCGAGAGUGUUUUACCAUGGAUGCUGGCUCCUCAAUGGCUGUCACUGAAGCUUUCGUGCGACUCUACAAGGCGGGGUUGUUGUACCGGAAUCGUCAGCUUGUCAACUGGUCAUGUGCUUUAAGAUCAGCCAUCUCGGACAUUGAGGUAGAGAGCCGGCCCCUGCCUGGCCGCACAGAACUUCGACUGCCUGGCUGCCCCACCCCUGUGUCUUUUGGCCUCAUGGUUUCUGUUGCUUUCCCCGUGGAUGGAGAGCCUGAUGCAGAGGUUGUGGUAGGAACCACGAGGCCAGAGACGCUGCCUGGAGAUGUGGCUGUGGCUGUUCAUCCUGAUGAUCCCCGAUACACACAUCUACAUGGGCGGUGGCUUCAUCACCCCUUGACAGGGAAGCUUCUCCCUCUCAUCACAGACCCUGCUGUUCAGCCACAUGUGGGCACAGGGGCAGUGAAGGUGACGCCAGCUCAUAGUCCUGCCGAUGCUGAGAUUGGGGCCCGACACGGCUUGAGCCCCCUGAAUGUUAUUGCAGAGGAUGGGACCAUGACUUCCUUCUGUGGGGACUGGCUGCAGGGUCUUAACCGGUUCAUAGCCCGGGAAAAGAUAAUGUCUGCACUGAGGGAACGGGGCCUGUUCCGGGGCCUCCAAAACCAACCCAUGGUCCUGCCCAUCUGCAGUCGUUCCGGGGACGUGGUAGAAUACCUGCUGAAGAGCCAGUGGUUUGUCCGCUGCCGGGAAAUGGGGCACCGAGCUGCCCAGGCUGUAGAGUCAGGGGCUCUGGAGCUCAGUCCGUUCUUUCACCAGAAGAGCUGGCAGCACUGGUUUUCCCACAUCGGGGACUGGUGUGUCUCCCGGCAGUUGUGGUGGGGCCAUCAGAUUCCAGCCUACCUGGUCGUGGAGGAGCACGUGCAGGGGGACAGGGAGGACUGUUGGGUAGUUGGACGAUCAGAGGCUGAGGCCAGAGAGGUAGCGGCAAAGCUGACGGGGAGGCCAGGGGUGAAACUAACCCUGGAGAGGGACCCUGAUGUCUUGGACACAUGGUUCUCUUCAGCCCUGUUCCCCUUUUCUGCCUUGGGCUGGCCUCAACAGACCCCAGAUCUUGCCCGUUACUACCCCCUGUCUCUUUUGGAAACUGGCAGCGACCUCCUGUUAUUCUGGGUGGGCCGCAUGGUCAUGUUGGGGACCCAGCUCACGGGGCAACUUCCCUUCAGCAAGGUGCUUCUUCAUUCCAUGGUUCGGGACAGGCAGGGCCGGAAGAUGAGCAAGUCUCUGGGCAAUGUGCUGGACCCACGGGACAUCAUCAGUGGGGUGGAACUGCAGGUGCUCCAGGAGAAGCUGAGGAGUGGGAACUUGGACCCCACAGAGCUGGCCAUUGCAGCUGCAGCACAGAAAAAGGACUUUCCUCAUGGGAUCCCCGAGUGUGGGACAGAUGCCCUGAGAUUUGCACUCUGCUCCCAUGGAGUCCAUGGGGGCGACGUGUGCCUGUCUGUUUCUGAGGUCCAGAGCUGCCGCCAUUUCUGCAACAAGAUCUGGAAUGCCCUGCGCUUUAUCCUCAAAGUCCUAGGGGAGAAAUUUGUACCACAGCCUGUAGAGGAGCUGUCUCCCUCCUCCUCCAUGGAUGCCUGGAUCCUGAGUCGCCUUGCCCUGACCGCCCAAGAGUGUGAGCGGGGCUUCCUCACCUGUGAGCUCUCGCUCGUCACCCAUACACUGUACCACUUCUGGCUCCACAACCUCUGUGAUGUCUACCUGGAGGCUGUGAAGCCCAGACUGUGGCACUCAUCACAUCCCCCAGAGCCCCCUCAGGUCCUAUACUCCUGCGCUGAUCUUGGCCUCCGCCUCCUGGCCCCGCUGAUGCCCUUCCUGGCUGAAGAGCUCUGGCAGAGGCUGCCUUCCAGGCCUGGCUGCCACCUUGCCCCCAGCAUCUCGGUUGCCCCGUACCCCAGUGGCUGUAGCUUGGAACACUGGCGCCAGCCUGAACUGGAGCGGCACUUCUCCCGGGUCCAGGAAGCCGUGCAGGCACUGAGGGGUCUCCGAGCCAUGUACCAGCUCACCAAAGCCCGGCCUCGAGUGCUGCUGCAGAGCUCAGAGCCUGGUGAGCAGGGCCUCUUCGAGUCCUUCCUGGAGCCCCUGGGCACCCUGAGCCAUUGUGGGGCUGUGAGCCUCUUACCCCCAGGCACAGCAGCUCCUUCUGGCUGGGCCCAGGCUCAACUCAGUGACACAGUUCAGGUCUACAUGGAGCUACAGGGUCUGGUGGACCCCCAGACCCAUCUACCUCUGCUAGCCGCCCGAAGACACAAGUUACAGAAGCAGCUUGAUGGCCUCAUAGCCAGAACUCCAUCAGAAGGGGAGGCAGAGACUCAGAGGCAGCAAAGGCUUUCUUCUCUUCAACUAGAAUUGUCGAGACUGGACAAGGCAGCCUCUCACCUCCGACAACUGAUGGAUGAGUCUCCAACCUCAGGGAGCCCUGAGCUCUAACUCACCAUCCCUGUCAGUUUUCUUCCCUCCCAGACCUGUCUCUGAGGACAGACAGAUUUUUCAGCUGGUAGGGUGUGAUAGGACCUCAGAGACUACAUGGUCCACCACCUUCAUUUUGUAAACGAGAAAACAGACUGGCUUGGUCACAGUUAGUGUGGUGUCCUCGAGGUGCUCACGUUACUGCCUGGCCUCCCUCUUGGGCAGGCCCUGGAAGUUUGGGAAUGAGCAGAUUCAGAUAAACUUUAAAAAUUCCAAA